AUGCUCUGUUCUAUUUUAGAGUGUUACCAUUACACGGUCCUUAACGAGUCCAGCAGAGCAAACUCCUUUUACAACAUCAGUAUUGACUUCCUUUGUGAUGAUGAUCUUAACGGAUGGUAUCGCUUUGGGGGAGAUGCUGGAAAGCAAAUGGCGGAUUCAUGUGUUCAGGAGUUUCGAUGUGGCGCAGAUCUGCCGGGUUGGCUGAAUGGCAGUCAUCCUGAAAUAGCUGAGGGUGCUGUCCGACGCAAAGUUUGUUUCCGUUACAAAAACAAUUGUUGUGAAUACUCAACAAGCAUCACAGUCCGUAACUGUGGAGGAUUCUACGUCUACCACCUUGGGAAGCCCCCAAUUUGUAACUUCCGUUACUGCGGCAACGGAACACACAAACCAAGUGAGAAUUUAAUUUUCCCGUAUAACAUGCUCUGUCACUUAUUCUCAACCUCCUCUUCCCUCAGCCACCAACCCCUUCCCCCUUCGCAAUGUGACACCGGAACCUCGGAUCCUGCAUGGAAGAUUUGUUCCUCGGGCCUUCCUCGUCUCUUUUUACGCCUCAAACACGAUACCAUAUUUUCGCUUCUUCGUAUAUCAAACACGGUACGCAAUGUUUCAUCGUACAUUACCGAGGAAAGCAUUAAAAAUAUCCGAAGCGUAGCCGGGUGUGACAGAUUUUUUUCCCCGACCCCUCUUCAAAUACAACGAACUCGAAAACCGUUCCAGAUACAAGACUCCGACUACAACUGAUGCCUCAUACUAUCAUUACAAACAGCCAGAUGGUGACUGCCAUUACACUCAAACUACUCACUCUUAGUCUCGCAGUUGUGGGCCAAAUGCCCCCCACGCCGUAGCCAUAAAGUUUCACGUUUUCGUGUGACACAUGAAUAUGGUGCUUGAGGACCUGCACUUAGCCGCGUCGGUCCUGCUGUCGUAGCUAAGGACUUUAAUUUUGUUGCUUUCAUUACUCUUCGGCACUUUUCUUCGACUUCCUUUCUUAUUUUAAGCACCUUGCCUUUACUUUAAGGGUUUAGAAUAUUAUGAAAUUGCGUUUGUAUCUUAUAAGGAUUCUCCUAUCAGAUUGGAAAAGUAGACGUUUCGAAGACAAGGCAGGAAUGGAGUCGCAACAGCAGCAAAUGUGAAGCGCCGACUCACUGUACAUUGCCACGUUGCACAGAUGUGACUUUUCAUCGGGAAUUCGUUGGAUCACGGACUGUAAGUAUUUAUGACUGCAUACCAAGAUGUGCUUCCGCACUUUUAAAAUGGACUAAGCUAUGAGCUUAAACUUUACGUCAUCGUUAAAUUCAUGAACAAGGCUUUCCCGGGGAAUUUUAAAUGAGUCAAGGAACUAAUAUGUAUUCUAACCCUUCAUCAACAAAGAGUCAAGAAUCGAAAAAAAUAAUGAUAAUAAUUCGCCGUCUUUUGGGUAAUGUUACCAGACAGUUUCGUGUUGGAGUUAAUCUCAGAAUAUCGAUUUCUCAGUUGAAAUGACUUCAAGUUAGACCAUACAAGCACUCGGUGUUUUCUUGAAAAUAAUAUUGUAAAGGAGACAAAAAAAAAAACGUUACAACGGUCGAUCAAAACGACUAAAACAAGGAGAACAACUGAAAGGGAACAAGUACUUCGAUGGACUGACAGUGACAUAUCAACGGCACUGGUGCGCUUUAUCUGUUUUUACUUAUACGUAUUUCUAACCGAUGCAUUUCAGGUCCACGUUUUUGUGUCACUGAGUCAUGAAGAAAACUCGUCGAUGGCUCACACACCCUCGGCUCUGUGGGCAGAAUCCAUCAAUACAGUUGGAUUUAAACUAUGUUCGCGCACGGCGGGUAAUAAAAACGACACGGGAAUGAUCAACUGGUUAGCGUUCGAAGACCAGCCAAGCACAGACAUAACGCAUGGAAGCGUUGUUCUUGGUGGAAUAUGGACAACAGAAACCAAGUGUGAAAAAGUGGCCUUUUCUCAGGUUAGAUCAUGAAAUUAGUUAACAAUCUGUUGAAAAUAAAAUACAAAAAUGCUGCUUGUAAGAACAACACUUUUUAGCAGGAAUGACAUUGUGCUUUCUGUGAUUUCUCAAGGUUUUUUGGUAUGUAACACAUUAACGUCAAUCAGUGGCGGACGGAGGAUUUUGUGAUAGAGGGGACCUAGAGAUAUAGUAACUGUAUACAGUGGCAAUAUGAGCGCGAUAGCGCCCAUCAGGACUGCGAACCGGCGGUGCACUUUUCUAGGGAGUUUCGGGCGCAUGGUCCUCCGCGAAAAUUUUUGAGAUUGAAGUUCUCUGAGAUGCAAUCUAGUGCAUUCUGGACGCUUAAAUUUUAUGAUGCUAGCAGGGGCCGACGCGAUUGCGGCGGGAGCGCAACCUCCCAGCAAAGGCAGCAACAUUGUCUCCCUGAAAAAUUGUCAAAUCCAGUUUGUUUAAGAAGGAUAUUUACUGCAUGCAUUUUGGGAGCUUUGGUCAUUUGCGACCAAAAAUGUAGGCUUCGAACACAGAUUCAAAGAAGAUUUAUAUUUAAAAAUAAUUCAACAAAGGAAAUGCAUCCCAAGGAUAUGACUCUAAGACCAAUCAUAAGUAAAUUCAUUGCAGGGGAUUGAUAAAUGUCAUCCUUCUCUUGUUGCGCUUGGCAUAGUCGUCAAUAAUUGCAUCAUAAUCCAGAGCAACGUCCUUGUGAAUAAAGAGCAGCGACAGUGCGUUAAGGCGGUCUUCUCUCACGGUGCCUCUAAAACAACUCUUUACAAAGCGCAGUGAUGAGUUGCUACGUUCCACAGUUGCACUUUUCACAGGGGCUAUCUUUAGGAGUCGCAAAAUUGUGUGGAUUUUUGGGUAUAGGCCUCUGUUGCAGGCUGCCAAUUCUUCUUGUAAAAUGGAGGGUUUUUCGGUUCUAUUGAUCCUGAAAAUGAAAGCAACCACUUACAUAUAUCGCAAGACAGAAAUGGUUUCCUUCGCGUAUCACUGAAAAAACGUUUCAUAACCAUGUACAUGAGUACAAAAAAACUUAGUGAAACUGUGCUGUAUUCUUAUUAAAUUUGAAAUAAAAUUACCAUACCAAAAGCGCUUCCACAGCUCUGGCUCCUGAGACGCACUGCUUGGCAAUGGAAGAUCGGGCAAAUAGUGACGAAUAACUUUCUUUUGAGAAGACUUUUUUAAAAAGCUUCUGCAAGUUGGCAGGUAUCAGUAGCAUCUUUCAGUUUGUCGGUUUGAAGCUAGUUUAUAAGGGCGGAUGAUUCGAACAACAUUCGAUACAUUUUCUUCAGUAUUAACAAUGUUUAUUUAAGAAAAUAUAGUUAAGUAACAAAGCUCGACGUACCAUCCGACACACGUUUUUCAAAUUUCAGUCAAUCUUCGUCCAUUUCAUUGUCCAUAGGCUCAUUUGACCUCGUAUUUUGUCUUCCAGAGCUUUGCCUCUAAGCCGUACGUGUUUGUUUCCGCAAAAUACGGCCGCAGCACAAAGCCAACUGAUGCUGUUUAUGUAUGGUUGGAGAAUGUAAAUUCUGAAGGUUUCGAAGUUUGCAUCAGGGAAUUCUUGCCUUUUGAUGGAAAACACAGAGAUACAAUUGUGGUACGUGGGAAAUAACGAUAAAGUAUACACGUAACAUAGAUAUAUGUUUUUUUUUUUUCGGGAAUCCAUCGUCAUUUCACCAGCUGUGAUCUAGGAAUAGUUAGUGUCUGGCGUCCCACAAGGCUUCAUAUUAGGUCCUUUUAUAUUUAAUUUGUACUUAGCAGAUCUCCAGGACCACAUACUAUGCCAGUGUUUAACAGGUUAUCUUUUUGAGGUUAAUGCGUUUUUAGAAUUUCUGCAAAAACCGGAAAGGGAAAAGUAACAACCUCUCUUGGUAUGAGGCAUGAGCUAACUAGUACUUCGAAGGAUAUCAACUAAAACAGUAAAAUGAUGAUGAAUUCUCCAACUUAAUUUAGAUCAUUAUACGUUUCUGGGAAACUGCCCACCUACCCCUCCCCUAAGCCAACGUGAGCUCUUACUUCUCACUUAGAGCAAAUCCAUCAAAUGAUCCCUUGGAUCAUUAUACGUUUCUGGGAAACUGCCCACCUACCCCUCCCCUAAGCCAACAUUAGCACUUACUUCUCACUUGGGGCAAAUCCAUCAAAUGAUCCCUUGGAUCAUUAUACGUUUCUGGGAAACUGCUUACCUACCCCUUCCCUAAGCCAACAUUAACACUUACUUCUCACUUAGGGCAAAUCCAUCAAAUGAUCCCUUGGAUCAUUUACGUUUCUGGGAAACUGCCCACUUACCCCUCCCCUAAGCCAACAUUAGCACUUACUUCUCACUUAGGGCGAAUCCAUCAAAUGAUCCCUUGGAUCAUUGUACGUUUCUGGUUUUCUUUCAUCGACAGGACUGGUUCGCAUUCCUCAGGCUUGACAACGUGACUGCCGGAGAAAGGUUCUUUCCAAAUGACGGAUACCCGUCAGCUGAGGACAACUAUGGCUUCUGCCAGGUGAGUGGUAGCUGUCAAUCAGCUGUCAAGGUAACAAAGACCAAACUACUUGAGUGUUUUGUUUGUGCUUUACUACGUUAAUCGAUGAGAACCACGAUCCUUUAGCCCCUGCCACCGGUCGAAACUAUCUCUGGUUACGUUCGUCUGCGAAACAGCGCGGAAAUCCUUGGUCUGGGCCCUCACAUGUUUAAGAGGAUUUGAGCACGCGCCAUAAUUGGUCUGUUUAAAAUGCCAUUGUCGAUUUGACAGUCAGGUUGAUGGGACAUACAAAACGUAUUUCAGAACAAGAAUAUCCCAGGAAGGAAAGGAAACCCGGAAAGGAAUCCGCAGAACAAGGAUAUCGGAACGCUUCACAGACGUUACUAACACUGAGGUUAAAUUACGUUUGCUACGCAGGCUACGAUUCUAAAUCGUGUUGAAUUCCUUCUUUCUUACAGGACGUUUCUUUCAAUAAAACGUUCCAAGAGUCACCAGUUGUCCUUGUUUCUGUCAAUCACCGAUACGAUCGCCGGGCGAAGGGCCGGUUUCUCCCGGAAAAUAACAUAAUCUCGACCUGGGUGGAGGUAGGUUUGUGUUUCGUUCUCUAUACUCACGUCAUUAGACAUUCCCAAAUAGAAAAACGUUUAAAUUUUAAACCACGGUUACACUUUGGUGUGUUCAUUUCCUGCCGUUCUCUUUUUCUUUAUUCUUAACCUGUCGCCAGGUUUUUAUUAUCAUUAUAUUUUUUUAUUACAGCAACUGUAAAAAAAAAACAUAACAUAUAAUAACGGAAAGGAAACGUUUCUUUUCGUUUCUUACUGCUGUUCUCGCUAUUAGCAUAAAAACGAUUCUCACCAGCAUAAUCUGCUAAAAUGAAAACGCACUUCUUUUGUAUUAUAAUAACUUGCUUGUACUUGUCUCUCUUUGCAGAACCUUGGCUUACAAUCUAUGAGGAUGUGUGUUAAAGACCUCAGUGGAUCAGGUCCUAUCCAUGACCCACUUACUGUAGCCUAUGCUGUUGUUGGAGGUACGUUUUUGACUUAGGCCCUUUUAGAAAGCUCCAAGCUCGUUGGUUGAAUUGAAAUUCCUUUAAACUGAACUCUACUAAAGUAUCCACCCUUUUUUUUCUACAUAGACAUAGAUCCUUGUCUUAACGUGCAAUGCCCUCGAUUUGGAGUCUGCAAAGCAUAUAAUGCUUAUAGCGGUCGCUGUGAAUGUAAUGAUCAAUGUCCAUCGUAUCAAGAUCCAGUGUGCAGUGCGAGCGGUACAACAUACGACAACCAAUGCUGGCAGAAGCUCGGCUACUGCAAAAGACUUGAGAGCGACCCCCGUAUCUACCAUCCGGGAAACUGUGAAGGUAAGCAAGACUGUAAACUCCCGCUUCUAAGCCGUUAUAGGUCCCCCUGGAUAUAAGCGCCCCCCCCCGAUUUUUUAUUAACGUUUUAAAUCUGAAAUAAAGUUUAACUUGAAUUUGUGAAUGUGGUAGAUUUUGAACAGUUGCUUCCCAUUAUAUAAAGCACGCAGAAUUAUGGUAAAAAUGCGAUAAUUAGUCUCCAGGAAUACCUUAAUAACCAGUAAAUGUAAAACUUACUUUGAUCAGUUACUGCUUAAGAUGUUCCGAAGAAUCUCCGAAGUGCUGUUUCUACUCUAGUUAUAAACCCUGGCGGGUAUAGGCCCCUCCGUUUAUUUAUAACAGAGUCCUCCUAAAACCCGAUAUGAAGAUGUAUAAGCCCAGGGCUUGCGACAGUUCCCGCUAUGCUACAAUAAAAUAACUUGGAGUAGCACCAAGCUGAUGUUUGGUGAAACAUGAACUAAGCGAGAAGGACUGACAUCCCUCGUGGCUUUGCAGACGUAGCGAAAUUUUCAAACACCAAAUCUGAAUUGUCUCUGCUCAACAAAGUUACGUUAUUACGCAUCUUCGUUGUUGUAAGCACUGUUUCUUUAUGUGAAAGUGCUGAAUACAAUAAGAGCUCUAGCAAAGAGAAAACAUUUCAUGGGUGACACACUGUAAACAUAUCUUCCUUCUGUCAAUAACUAAAUGGAGAAGUAAUCAUCAAAAGGAUACCUAAAAUGCGAUUAAUUCCACAAUCAGUUUUUGCUCUAUUAAAUCCUUAAUUGCAAAACACUUUGGGAGUGGCCAUCCACAAAGUGGGCGGAACAUGUACUGAUCACAGGGCAUUUUUGUAAUGGUUAUUAAACACAUGAUAAAAUGCAAUUCGUAUAUACACGACGUAACAUUACAAACUCCACGAAAGUUGGUGAAAACGUCAACUGAACAACUGAACAAGCAACGCAAGCGCACUGGAAAAUAUUCCAAAAAGAAAACAGCAUAAGCAACUUUGGGUGCGCACCGGUAUCCAGCUGAACGGAACGCAGCGCAUAUGAAUAAGAGACAUUGAAAUCAUGAGAUUAUUUACAUGAAUCAAGUAUUAUUAUAAGUUGAUAAUUUUUUUGUUGAACAGUUUUUCCCAUUGUGCGGGGCCGAGAAGACCUUCUCCGUGUUCCAAAAUGGCUCGAUUCAAGUUGUCAGACCGUCACAUUUCCACCAUACCGGUUCUACCCGGAUAAACAGGUUCAUGUCCAAAUAACUGUCAAUCACAUCAAAUUGAAUGACUCUGUUAAAGUCCACGACGCGGUGACUGCAUGGACAGAAAACAUCAGCGCAAAAAAAUUUACAGUUUGUGCCUUGCAAGCAGGAAGGAAAAAAGAGAAAUUUACCCCUUUCGCCAGCAUUGAUUGGGCUGCCUAUCAAGGAGGGCCUCCUGAGGCACUUACGGGAACGGUUAAUUUGCCCAAAUGGUGGAGUGGUACAAACUGCGAGAAAGUGACGUUUCCCAAGGUAUGAUGGGAACAUUUAAAUGUUUCACGAACCGUUUUUUUUUUGUAUGCAGAAGUGCCGAAUAAUAAUCAUGACGAUGAAGGGAAUUUUGCAUGGGCUUAACUGGUGUCUGCCACAUGAAACACAAAUACUAAACAAACGGAAAAUCAUCGUAAAAUGAUGCGCAAAGUUAACGUAAUUGAUAGUUUAUAUCGGCAUAUUACCUAAAACCUAGUGGCGGACCGCAACAUGUGCAAUACCGUAUGGAGUUUUUGUUCUUUCUUUACAUCCUCGCUCGCUUUUCUUUUCAAUAAUCCUAAACCAUCUAUAUCACUCUUUCAACAUUCUUUAAAAACUUGUAAGGUCCCGUCGAGUGAACACCACGAUGGAUUGAUUUAUCUUACAGCCUUUCGUCCACACUAAACAUGAUGAAUUGUCCACCCAAAAUAGCACUUUUCGGAAACGAUUUUUAUAGAUCUCUGAAAAUCUCACUGUAUUCAUUUUUGCCAAAAAAGACACGUUUUGAAAUCUAGUAGGACUAGUGUGGACUCGUGUGGAAGGAAAACAUUUUAUAUUGCGUUUUCCAAUUUCUCCAUUUUUCCAGUUUUUGCUGAUUAAAGUGGCCGGUGCGCGUAAAAUACCCUCUUUAACUCAAUUUUUCUCAAAUUGUUUUUUAGUUGUUGUUAUUUUCAGAACAUUCCAAUUUUGACAAACUUACUCGCUUUUUCAUCAGGGAAAUUUUACUGAGGCCCCAGUAGUCCUUGUGACUUCAGAGCAUCUGAAAACAGGUCAAGAGUAUGAUGCCGCUCUCAUCUGGACCGAAAACGUAACAAAUAGCUCAUUUCAAGUUUGUCUUCGGGAACUGCAAAACUUUGAUGGUAAACACGAGGAUAUUAGUGUGGUAUGUGUCAGAAGUAAAACUAGAGGCAUAUUUAUUGCUCUUAAACGGAAGGAGAGAACUGGGUAAUUAUUUCUUUCAUGAAAAGUUGUCGCUAAGCAAAAUUCCUUGGGCAACACGAGUGAAUAGCUGGCAUAAUAGCCCAAGUCGUCUCAAACAGACGAUCGACACAGUUCUAUAGAAACACUUCUGAUGCGUUGCGAAACUAUCCAAACGAUUGAGGCGGUCGGAAUUGCCUGGAUACGACUGAAGUUUUAAAUAUUCGUUCAGAACGUCGGGAUCCGGUCCAAGUCGUCGAAGUACAUUGAUUGAGGCUAUGAAGACGAUCUGGACGAGUGUAUGGAAACCAAGCCUUUGAUUUGUCGUACAAACUAUCGCAUUUACCGAUUUGUGCCUAUUCAAUUCAAUUCAUUUCCUCACAACUUAUUUGCUAAUCUUAAAAACUUACAUGCCCUUUUUAUUGUUUAUAGGUAUAUACGUUCAUUUCAUUUGGUUAAUAUUAAUGUUUGAUUAUGGUGGCCAAGUCAACCAUUCAGUUUUCUGGUUGGCCCCCAUAUUGCAAAAUACGUUUCUUUUAAAAACAGGCCAAAAACAGAACCAAACGAGACGCUGUGGGACCGUAUAUUUGCGCGUCCAUUUACUAGGCGUGUGUGAAGUUUUUUAUGUCUAUUAGGAUGUGUUAGCAGUGCAGUAGCGUUGUAUGUUUUAGGGGUUGGUUGAGAUGUUUGGAGUGGAAGGCGUGGAUUAGUAAGAUAAUGGCUGUAGUUUGUUAAUCAGUGAAACUGGUUUCUAGUAGAAUUUGAUAUGAAGUAACAAAAAAUAUUUUUUGGGAAGGUAAAAGUGAUUUGAGGUGUUGCAGUGAGGUAGUUGUGGGUGUGCUAAUUUGGUUACAAAGGGAUAGUGCAGUUACAUUCUCUUGAAAUGAAGUGGUGGUUUUGAGAGAUCUUAUCAAUGGUCUAAAACAUACUUGUACUUAUUUUAAACGUUGUUAGGCUUUCUGUUUAGGAUUUUUCGCGGUUAUUUUUUAUAAUAUUUGUAUGGAGAGAAGGUGGAUAAGGAAACUUCAUUUAAUAUGGAGAAGGGGGUAUGAAAAUGUUGGGGGCUGAAAUUUUGUAUGUGUGUCUUUUUUUGUGCGACGACAAUUGUUUUCCAUGGGGAAAAUUUAAAUAACUUAAUGGUUUGUUUGACUCAGUGUACUUUGUUUUUUCAAUCGUUUGACUUCUAUUGCCGAAUUGCUUUCCGUGCCUUAUCUGUGCGAUGUAUGUAAUGAGGAUAAAUGCUGUGUCGUGACAAAUCGCGCGGCAGACUAGUCGCGUCGCUUGGCUUGUUUACGUUCGCACGUAUUGCGUGCCUAUUGCAACUUUGAAUCAAAACAAUCGAUCUCGAUUACUCUAUUUGGGCAACGCCCAAAUAAUAACAAUUACAGUAAAAUAGAUGUAAAAAGUGGUUGACAUAUUUUCCAUUUUAAAGUGGAGGGGAACAAGAUCCUUCUUCAGAAGGUUCUAAUAAAUUGCUCAGUUGUAGCCAUAAUUAUAUUAAGCCACAUCAAACGUGACCGUCCGCCAUAACGACGUACACCUGGAGUCUAUAGAAAAAUUGCUGUAUUGAAAGCAAUUAUUAUAACAGGUCUGAAUGACGAUGAUGAUAUAUUUAAGGAGUCAGUGUAGUUAACAACUACUAAUUUCAAUGAAUUCUUGUUUUCAGAACUGGUUUGCGUUUUCUAGAUCGCUGAAAAAGCCACUGUCUUUUGAGCACGGCAGCAUAGGUUUUAUAGGCACCAACAACACUAACCCACCACCGAUGGAUGAAAAUAAUAAUGCAUACUGCAAGGUAAGAAUAGACAAAAAGUUAAUAUGUAUCACUUUUAUUACACGAUUGGUCGUCAAACGUUACUCCCAGUUUUGUGGAACUUUAGCGAAGGAAUGGUGAAACGUUUUAGCUAAAUGUUUUCGGAUAUUUCUUGUUUUUCAGUUCGUGUUAUUCACAAGAGGUUACAGCUCGACUCCAACAGUGCUUAUCGCUGCCAAUCACAGCACAAAAGUAUCCGGGAACUCAGCCCCAAUUCACAACGGUAUUUCCACGUGGAUUGAGGUAAAAAUCGCUCUAGUGUGACACUACACUGUAUUUCAGGCCUUUCCCUUCCCUCUACUCGCGAUUUUUUCACCCUUUUCCCAAACAGAGAGCCUGUUCACAGGCUACUAGUGCCGGGACAACAGGUUUGUAUUGCGAAUAUUAUAUUAUUGUAUAUAUCAAAGGCAGUCAAUGGUUACUGUGUAACCUAGCUAGCUAGCUUUUUUUUUUCUCCUUCCUCAAAUGGUCCCUAUGGCUUCCACGCUCGGACACAGUCUCCUUAAGAAUUAAUUGCCUCCUUAUUUCUUAUCUUAUCUCCAAGCAAGCGAGACUUAAACGCUUUUUAGAUCUUUCUUGUUGUAUUAGGUUUACUCAUUAAUAUUAUUUGGUUUAAUUUAUUCUAUUUUUUGAUAAUCAGCUAGCGAAUAGAUUUUCCCCCUGAUCAUUUAUAUGUCAAUAGCGCGAUAGAAGUAAUUGAAUUUAUUGUUAUUAUUAUUUUUGUUAUUAUUAUUAUUAUUAUUAUUAUUAUUAUUAUUAUUAUUAUUAUCAUUAUCAUUAUCAUUCUUCUUAUUAUCAUCAUCUUCAUCAUCAUCAUCAUUAAUAGUUGUGCACAGUGGCUCAAAACAGUUUUCCUUUUGACUGAUCUGUCUCUGAGAAAACCAUUUUUGGUCCUUUCAGUAUUUCUUAAUUAAUUUUGAACGAGCUGUUUGCAUUCGAAUUUUGAAGUAUCUAGUGGACAGCAACGUAUUAUUUGAUAAUCAAUUUGGCAUCCCUGAGGGUCAUUCCAUGUCAAAUGCAAAAAUUAAUCUUGUCAAAUGGAUUGCCCCUUCAACUGGCGAAAACAAAUUUUAGGCUGGAUUUUUUCUUGAUCUUUUGAAAACUUAUUUGCAAUUGGUACAUGUACAAUAGACUAUAAAAAUACUGAGAGCAGAGCUGAACAGAGGACAACAGUAUGUGGAUUUCCUAAGGUUUCCAUACCUGAGCCCUCUUUUUAAUCUUUUAUAUCAACAAUCUUCUUAAUUGUUUUAGUAAUGUUGAGUCCCUUCUACUCGUUGAUGACACUAAUGUUCUCUUUGACCACCCUGAUUGCAUCUUGUGAUGGAUAAUAUAUAGAUUUAGCCAGGGCUAAAAGCAAAUCUCCCGUUAAUAAUUUCGUAAUUUAAAUCAAACAAUAAACUUGUAAUCCACAGAUAGGGCACAUUCAUUCGACUUUUGAGGCAAAGGCUAAGUGAUUUUAGAGAAAAAUAAUUUGACAGUCCAAGAGUGAAACAAAUUUUACAUCGAGUUAUUAAAUAGUCUUAUUUGUGCACCCAAAAAUAGCAAUCAUGUUCGAUCACAUUCGAGUAUUGUAUUUGCAUUAGCUGUUCCAUCAUAAUGUGGCAAUCACCAGUCUCUCCAACAUUGCUCCGUUAGAGAGACUAUGGAUAAGUGAUAAUUGGACAACCCCGAAAUAUAAUUUUAAGAAACACACGCGCCACGAUAGUCCUUGAUGGCAGCCAAUUUUCACGUUGCAUUCCUCUGUCUAAAAGAGAGGCCAAAAUAAAAAAAUCAGGCCGGAUUUUUUGUGUUCGACAAGUUUAGGUUACUGGUAAAUCUUGGCGACGAAUCUGGUGGCGACACACUGACAUACUUUUUCUCAUCACAUCUCAGGUAAACAGUACCAUGAGGCCCUUCUUUUAUCAUACAGACCUUGGAAAGAAUUUGUUCUUUUUUGCCCUAUUGAAACCUAUAAUUCUGCAGUUUUUCACAAUUUUGCAAGAGAAUUUGCACUCAUUCAAUAUCCACGACGAUCAAAGCAUGCGCUUCCUUUGCACAACAAAUUAUAGCAUUGAAUUAUAAAACGUUUUCAUAAAGAGAAUUCUAUAAUGCCGGUACUUUUCAGUUAGAAAAAUCUGGUCCUAUGUGAUAUGCAGGGUAAUAACUAUGGGCUUUUAAUGAAAACGAUAAAAAAUUCCCAACAUCACUCUUCGGCCAGCCGGACGGGUUCUCACUUUUGACAGGCACCAAAUUUGCAGUGCGAUUAAUAGAGUUACCAUUUACGCUUCAACAUGAUAGAGAAAUUGUUAUGUUUAGGUUUUAUUUCCCUUUAUUUAUUAAACUUUGUAUGGUUUUGUUAUGUGUAAUCUUUAAAAGCGAGUGAUAUUUACGCGCGGCAUUUUGAGUAUUUCUGCAUGCGAUGUUUGUGUUCGACUGGAAACAACCGGUGCAGCGAUAAAAAUUGCGAGAGGGACUACUAACAAUCAAUAAAAUAAAUAUAAUUCAGUGAAACAUGUACAGAGACAAUAAUUUCCAUUCACGAAGAGAAGUAUUGAGAGUAAAGUGUCUCUGAAAAUCAUGAGUCAGGCUGAGCAUAAGCUUAUUUAUGUUUUAAGCGGGCUUCCCGGUGUUUGCUCUUUUUCAAGAUGAACUCGAGGCAAGAAAAUCGCUCAGAGCUUUCUGUUUACAGCCAAAAUCAUAACUAAAUAAUCUUCGGAACCUUUUCUUUGAAUUUGCGGUCAAAAAAUGUCUAACGGCUCUUUAAAUCUGAUACUAUUGUGGGUUAGAUCAUUGCUCGUGUAUAAACUUAAGCGGCGUAAACCGUACGCUCGACUUCAGAAAACCGAAAAAAAAAACACAUCAAAGACAAUAAUUGCUCAGGCUUACCAGUCUCAAGCAAGGGCAAGUGAGUAAGCUAUUUUGAAAACGAUGCCAUCCGAAAUCGGAUUUCCAAUGACUUUUACAAGCGGUGCAUUUGUUAACAAAAAGCGCAAUUAACAAACCAGCCAUGAAUUACAGAACAAUCUUGAGAGCAGCUGUAUUUCAUUUUGUACACCAAGUAGAAAAAGACAGUUUAAAACAUCACAAGAUGACACAAAACUCUAUCAGCUCCAGCUAUCAGUAAGCAAGUUACCAGACGCUGCAUAAAUUUUCCGCAUGAACUCACCUGUCAAAUUUUGAUCAAUCAGAACAUAAAAAUUGGAUGUAGAGCGUGAUCAACGCGUGACAGUGAGAAAAGUCAAAAGCGAUUGCCUUCCCUGCAUGUAAAGUAAAAGCCGGUUGAAUUUUCGCGUCCGAGGUCAGUUCGAAAUCAACAUUUUAAAAGUGCGGCUCAUGAACACGACUUAUUUCAUAUGCAUUUUAAAAAAAUUGAACUUGAGCCUGCGAUCAUUUGAAAAGUAGCAACUUGUCAGCCGAUACCUUCAAAAAAACACUCGAACUCAGUGGGUCGAUACCUCAGCCCGCGAUACGGUCAGGUGAUACUGGUCAGCAGAAACACUAUUUUGACAGCUGUCAAUUAAUCAAAACAUGGAUGUACAAUAUCAGGUUGCAGGCUCCCAAACUAUCUAGAAAGUGUGAGAUUAAACAUUGGUAUGCCUGUGGUAUAGACGAACGGAAGGUCGGCUGGUCGGUGUACGGUCACGUGAUUGCUGUAUUUUCUAGGAUGGAUAGAUUUUCUAAGCUAUUGGGCUUCGAAUUGAGCCCGUGAUCAAAUAAAAUAUCAGGGCAAAACUUUAAACACUACGUGACCUUGAUGGAUAGAAAAAUGAGCCUGCGAUACACUCAGGUAAUGAUGGUCAGCGUAUACUCUAGUUUGGCAGCUGUCAAUUAACCUUCAUUAGAAUGGCAAAUAUUCGAAUUAACAGACUACGAGUGUGAGUAAGACAUAUCCGUCCGGCAUGUAUUGGAAAAUGCUAGAUCGUGUACCUGAGCGAACCUGAGCCCACGUUAUUAGUUUUCUGAUUAGUGGUCUGCACAUGUCCCAUUUUGACAGCUGUCAAUUGACCUUAAUUUGGCUUGCCAAUAUAACUUUAAACGACUCCUGUCAGCCAACUGACAGCCUUGCCCGGCGUAGUUUCGUUUUUAUGUUGAAUUGGUAAGUGUGACAUAUUAUAUCAGCUUAUAUGUAGGGGCAAAAUGACUGGUCUUUCAUCUGAGCCCGCGAGAAGGUCAUGCGAUAAUUGUCAGCGGAUGUCUGAUUUUGAUAGCUGUCAAUCUAAUCGUACUCAUACGGAUGGCUUACAUAACUAAGAGGCUAGUCAAGUUGUGCAAGAUCUAUUGUGACAUUUGACAUCGGCUUACAUGACGUGUGUGUACGGGUGAGCGGGCGGGCGGGCGGGCGCUACGUCAUAAGCAAAUUUUCUCGGAUGGAUAGUUUACCAAAUUUUCUUGCCCAUGGUGCUCCGCUGCGCGCGCACGAGAGCUCCGCUAUUAAUAAUAAUAUUAAUAAUGAUAAUAUUAAUAAUCAUAAUGACAAUAAUAUAUAGAUUUAGCCAGGACUAAAAGCGAAGCUCCCGUUAAUAAAUUCAUAAUUUAAAUCAAACAAUAAACUUGUAAUCCACAGAUCAGGGCACAUUCAUUUGACUUUUGAGGCAAAGGCUGAGUGAUUUUAGAGAAAAAUCAGAAUUUGACCGUCCAAGAGUGAAACAAAUUUUACAUCAAGUUAUUUGUGCAUCGAAAAAUAGCAAUCAUGUUCGAUCACACUAGAUUAGGCCUGGAAAACAAAUAGACCUAUUCGUGUUUAAUCUUCGUGUAUUGUAUUUGCAUUAGCUGUAGCAUCAUAAUGUGGCAUUCACCAGUCUCUCCAACAUUGCUCCGUUAGAGAGACUAUGGAUAAUUGGACAACCCCGAAAUAUGAUUUUAAGAAACACAUGCGCCACGAUAGUCCUUGGUGGCAGCCAAUUUACACGUUGCAUCCGUCUGUCUAAAAGAGAGGCCAAAAUAAAAAUCAGGCCGGAUGUUUUGUGUUCGACAAGUUUAGUUCACUGGUAAAUCUUGGCGACGAAUCUGGUGGCGUGUAAACCAGCCUUUUAAACAUACUUUUUCUCAUCACGUCUCAGGUAAACUGUACACAGACCUCGAACAGAAUUUGUUCUUUUUUGCCCUAUUUAAACCAAAUAAUUCUGCAGUUUUUCACAAUUUCGCAAGAGAAUUUGCACUCAUUCAGUAUCCACAACGAUCAAAGCACGCGCUUCCUUUGCACAACAAAUUAUGGCAUUGAAUUAUAAAACGUUUUCUGUUGGAAAAAUCUGGUCCUCUGUGAUAUGCGGGGUAAUAAUUAUGGGCUUUUAAUGAAAACGAUAAAAAAAUUCCCAAAAUCACUUUUCGGCCAGCCGGACGGGUUCUCACUUUUGACAGGCACCAAAUUUGCAGUGCAUAGUCUCUUGAGUGCGAUUAAUAGAGUUACCAUUUACGCUUCAAACAUGAUAGAGAAAUUGUUAUGUUUAGGUUUUAUUUCCCUUUAUUCAUUGUGUAUGAUUUUGUUUUCUUGGUUUUAAAAGCGAGUGAUAUUUACGCGCGGCGUUUUGAGUAUUCCUACAUGCGAUGUUUAUGUUCGACUGGAAACAACCGGUGCGGCGAUGAAAAUUGCGAGAGGGACUACUAACAAUCAAUAAAAUAAGUUUAAUUCGGUGAAACAUGUACAGAGACAAUAAUUUCCAUUCACGAAGAGAAGUAUUGAGAGUAAAGUGUCUCACAAGCUUAUUUAUGUUUUAAGCCGGCUUCCCGGUGUUCGCUCUUUUUCAAGAUGAACUCGAGACAAGAAAAUCGAUCAAAGCUUUCCGUUUACAGCGCAAAAUCAUAACUAAAUAAUCUUCGGAACCUUUUCUUUGAAUUUGCGGGUCAAAAAAUGUCUAAAGGCUUUUUAAACCUGAUACUAUUGUAGGUUAGAUCAUUGCUCGUGUUUUAACUUAAGCCGCAUAAACCAUACGCUCGACUUCAGGAAACCGAAAAAAAAAAACAUCAAAAACAAUAAUGGCUCAAGCUUACCAGUCGAGAUGCUGCUUCUGAAGGUCAUCAAGUGUUGCAGAAUCGCUUGAGACUUUUCAACCUUCUUACGCCUCAAGCAAGGGCAAGUGAGUAAGCUCAUUUUUGAAAACGAUGCCAUCCGAAAUCGGAUUUCCAAUGACUCUGACAAGCGGUGCAUUUGUCAACAAAAAGCGCAAUAAACAAACAAGCCACGAAUUACAGAACAAUCUUGAUAGCAGCUGUAUUUCAUUUUGUACACCAAGUAGAAAAGACAGUUUAAAACAUCACAAGAUGACACAAAACUCUCUCAGCUCCAGCUAUCAGUAAGCAAGUUUUCAGACGCUGCAAAAAUUUUCCGCAUAAACUCACCUGUCAAAUUUUGACCAAUCAGAACAUAAAAAUUGGACGUCGAGCGUGAUCAACGCGUGACAGUGAGAAAAGUCAAAAGCGGUUGCCUUCCCUGCAUGUAAAUGUAAAAGCCGGUUGAAUUUUCGUGUCCGAGAUCAGUUCGAAAUCAACAUUUUAAAAGUGCGGCUCAUGAAACACGACUUAAUUCAUACGCAUUUUAAAAAAAUUGAACUUGAGCCUGCGAUCAUUUUAAAAGUAGCAACUUGUCAGCGAAUACCUUCAAAAUAUUACUCGAACUCAGAGGGUCGAUACCUGAGCCCGCGAUACGGUCAGGCGAUACUGAAACAAAUCAAAACAUGGAUGUACAAUAUCAGGUUGCAGGCUUUCAAACCAGCUAGAAAGUGUGAGAUUAAACAUUGGUAUGCCUGUGGUGCCGACGGACGGAAGGUCGGGUGGUCGGUGUACGGUCACGUGAUUGCCGAAUUUUCUAGGCUGGAUAGAUUUUCUAUAAAGCUAUGGGGCUUCAAAUUGAGCCGUGAUCAAAUAAAAUAUCAGCGCAAAACUUUAAACACUACGUGACCUCAAUAGAUAGAAAAAUGAGCCCGCGAUCCACUCAGGUGAUGAUGGUCAGCGUAUACUGUAGUUUGACAGCUGUCAAUUAACCUUCAUUAGAAUGGCGAAUAUUCGAAUUAACAGACUGCAAGUGUGAGUAGGACAUUUCCGUCCGGCAUGAAGUGGAAAAUGCCAGAUCGUGUACCUGAGCGAACCUGAGCCCACGUUAUUAGUUUUCUGACAGCGGUCUGCACAUGUCCCAUUUUGACAGCUGUCAAUUGACCUUAAUUUGGCCUGCCAAUGUAACUUUAAACGACUGUCAGCCAACUGACAGCCUUGCCCGGCGUAGUUUCGUUUUUAUGUUGAAUUGGUAAGUGUGACAUAUUAUAUCAGCUUAUAUAUAGGGGCAAAACGACUGGUCUUUUAUCUGAGCCCGCGGGACGGUCAUGUGAUAAUUGUCAGCGGAUGUCUGAUUUUGACAGCUGUCAAUCUAAUCGUACUCAUACUGAUGGCUUACACAACUAAUAGGCUAGUCAAGUUGUACAAGAUCUAUUGUGACAUUUGACAUCGGCUUACAUGAAGUGUGUGUACGGACGGGCGUACGCUACGUCAUAACCAAAUUUUCUGGGAUGGAUAUUUUACCAAAUUUUCUUACCCAUGGUGCUCGGCUGCGCGCGCGCUUCGCGCGCGCGGGAGCUCCGCUAAUAAUUUUUAACAGAAACUCAUAAGGGGUUGAAACGUGUAACUCGCGUUCAAUGCUCGUGAAUAUUCACUUUUACCAUAUUUGGAAACCUUAUAUUUAGUGUCAGAUAUCCAUUUUCAACAAAAUGGCUGCCGCGCGAUCACCAUGCAGAUGUUUUAAGACAAGAGUUCAGCAUUUCAAGGUUAAAAAUACACGGUUAAAAGACAAAAAAUGGAAAGAGAAAGUUCAAAAGAACGCUCAGCUUCCUUUUUGUGGAGGAAGGGAAGCUUUUCAUCAAGAAAUCGUCCUUCGAGGAAUUCAACCUUGUUUUGUUCGCGACGGAGCCCAUGGUCUGUUUUGAAAUGCAACCAAGGCAGCGAAGUUUUUGCUGAAUUUUAAGGUACAUUUUGCACUCUAUGGCCAAGACAAUAACGUUUUUGAAAAGAGAAGUUAUGUCUUUUUAAAUGUUUCAUAGACGUCUUAUAAAUUUUUCUCUUCGGCGCUAAAGAAAAAUUACAAAAUGUGCCCCGAUUUGAGAUGGAUUUUGUGUUGAAUUUUGCCAUGUGCUCAGCCGAUUUCACUUGCGUGAACGGAUCCACGAUCCAGAGAGUGUUUUCCGAAUUACUUUAAUUAGAUUUUGAAUAAAAAUUUUCAAGAAACGGCUUCUCUGUCUUUUUUUUGAGUUUGUUCAUUCAGAAAAUUAGCUCAAAACAUGAUCGUGACUACAACACCCAAGCUGAAUUUAAGCUUAAAUGCUUCUCACAUUCAUUACACGCAUCACUUUUUGUGAAGAUGUCAGGUUCAGUUUUUGGACACUUUUCGAUACGCAGCUAAUGAAUUUUAUUCGCAAAUAUUUUUUACUGUUUAUUCUAGACUUUUGAUAGAAAAAUUAUAAAAGCCUAUUUGCAGUACAGUUUACUGUGCAGAGGGUCAACGAGGCAUCGUUUUUUGAAGUGACAAGUUCUGCAAGUUCAAGAAGUUGUGAGGACGUGAAUGGGUUUCAUAAUGUUAUGUUUGGCCCGGGUGGUAAGGCAAUAAUAUCCUGCUCAGUGUUUUGGUAAGAUUCCUGGUUUCAACCUUUGAAAGUUUUCUCGGCUUUCGGGAGUAUUUUCCUCCGUUUGUCGGCGAUUAUUUAAGCGGGCGCGGGAACCUGAAGUGAAAUUACGUCACGUUGUUUACAAAGUUUGAUUGGUCAGUCAUCUCUUCUUCUCGUUCCAAAUAUGGUACUUUUGAAAAUGAAUAAUCAAGAGCAUAGGACAAGGAAAACAUAUGAGAGUUACACGUUUCAACCCCUUAGGAGUUUCUGUUUUUAAUUAAUAAUAAUUUUAUUUAACUUUAAAAAUAUGUACAUAAUUUACAAAAAAUAUUUCAAGUAAGAAUUUAGCACCAUCCAACAUUAAGAAUUAUAUAAAUCAUGAAAAUACAAUCACUGUGCCGAUAACGAUUUCCCAAAUACAUUCCUUGCGGCUGGGAUGCGAUCAAUAACUGUUGCAGGAAGAGAAUUAUCCGUCUCUUAUUUAAAAAAGAAACAUGUUAAAAAGAAAAUAAUGUCGUAUUCCUAAAUUCCUAAUUCUUUAAAAAGUUCCUAAAAGAGAUUAAUUCGGGCAGGCUCUAAUAUUUUCGAUCUGUAGAUCUGAGUCAACAAAUUCUAGCUGUCGUUUUCUGGAUCCUGAGCCUCUCAAGCAUAGUAUCCAGAGCGUGCGAUGGCGAAAGAUACUUUAGCUCUUAUCCAGGAAAUUGCGCUUCAGUAACUUUCUCCCUUCUUAUUUGCGAUCAGCUCCGCAAGUCUGCUUUGGUACUUAACACACUCAGCCGCCAUUCCACCUGUGAUCGUGAAAACUAGGGGAGUGAACGUUCCCUGUUCGAUCUCCAUUACUCUUUCCGCAUACUGCCUCUUCUUCUCGUUCUCAUACUUCUUGUAGAUCUGCUUAGGAUGGGCGUGUCCGUUAUUUCCCAGUCGUACCGUAACUUGAUUGCAUCUCAAAAUUCCUUCUUAUUCAGAUUGUAAUCCAGCUGUUUGAGGGGAAUCACGGUCCGGCAAUUUGAUGAUCCCUUCUCUGGAGCUAACUCAACAGCUCGCUUAGCUUUUGUCGGCAGGGAGUUGUUCACCUGCUCUAGCCUCUCGCCUAGACAGUCGUCUUUUUGUUUUCGUGUGCUCAGUUACGGUGUUCGAAUUUCUGAGGUAUCUGGAGGCUGGUGCUCUUGCUAAACAAUUCGCCUCACGAGCGGAUUAGUUACUUUGAUAGUAAAUUAUAAUAAUAAUAAUAAUAAUAAUAAUGAUACCGUGAUAUAAAAUAUACGUGAUAAACGAGAAAAGAUAUAGCACUUGUCAUUUUCUGAACUCGUACACCGCCAAACGCUAGUUGUUUUAGUUCGAACAAUGCCGCAUGACGUCUCUGUAUGAAUGUUUUGUUUUAAUCUGUUUUUAGAACAUGAAUGCCUCUGGAUUCAGAGUCUGUGUCAAAGAGUUGUUUGGAACCAGAUAUGAUCCCUUGUCAGUGAGUUAUGCAGUGCUUACAGGUUCGCAAAUACUGAAAAUUUGUUCUAAACUGAUAGUUAUUUCGAAUGAUAAACAUACAAAAAGUCGUAUUUUCGUAGGCUCUGUGCACAUGUGCACGUUUAAUCUCCCGUUUUUGCGUUAACAAAUACAUUGAAAGUGGAUUUUAUACCAGGUGACGUAAAAGAUGAAUAUCGAUUUGCGAUAUCGAUCGAUAGAAAUCGAUAAAGAAAAACAGUUGUGUCUUCCAUUAAUGUCGAUGAUUUUCCGAUAGAAUUCGAUGAUGAUAUUUUAAUCGAUUGUUAUCGAUUACUAUCGAUUCCUAUCGAUUGUUAUCGAUUUUGUUAAUCGAUAACAGAAGAUAAAUUAUUUUAUCUGUGACUUCGAUUUCUAUCGAUUUCCGAUAUCAAGCGAUAUUCAUGGGCGGAUUAAACCGAUUAAUAUCGAAGAUAUCGAUUGAUUUUCGAUAUCAAUUUUUAUCGAUUAACUACGUCUGGAAUUACGUAUGUAAUGUGUACGGGGUCUAACAAAAUGCUGGUUUUUACCUGACGAAGCCCAGGUCAUAAGGAUCCACGAAAGCGAAAGUGAUUUUAGGGUUUUUGAUAUUUUUACCACAUAUAGAUAUCUGUGAUCCUGGCUGGAGCUACUUUAAUAGCUUUUGCUAUGCAGUCAGCAAGAAGUGCGCAAAUUGGACUGAAGCUCUGGCUAAUUGCCGGCAGGAAAACGCAAGUCUCGUCAGCGUCAACAGUAAUGAGGAAAACGUAUUUAUACAACGUCUUCACAAUGGAGCAAAGUCCUGGCUAGGAUUAAAUGACAUUUCCAGGGAGGGAACGUUCACCUGGGCAGGAGGCCGGCCAGGAAACUUUAUAGUUUGGGCCAAAAACCAACCAAAUAAUGUUGGAGAUGAAGACUGUGUGCAUACGCUUGGCAUUGGACACAACUACAAGUGGAAUGACGUGAAGUGCAGUGACUGUCAUCAGUAUACUUGCAAAAAAGGUCAAUGGAAAUUAUAUAAACAACCAAGAAGUCUUUCUAUAAGUAGGUUAUAUAAUCCGUUUGAGUUGAGUCCCGUUUAAGACUGUUGGCGGUGAGAGUGACUGCUGUUUCAACAACCUCGUACAUGCUGAAGAACUUAACCAUCACCCGCCAAAAAGUCGGUUGUUUGCCUGUUUGUAACCUGUAAGUCGUUUUUCUUCGAUUUUUUCACUUCGCUCUGCUCUCCACUAACUAAACGCCUGGAGCAGGCUAGCCUGUUCCGCGCUUCACGCUCGCUCUCGCUUUCACCAAAUCAGAGUAGAAAAACAUCUGCGAUUAGUCUAGGAACAGGUACCAAUUUCUGUAUCUUUGACUCGGUUAUAGACCCUAGAAACAUAAAAGUCCGUCUAUUAAGAACGAGGCUGCGCUGUUUUUUUUUAACUUCAUCUUCCUGUCUCGAUAUCAGAUAACACACCCACCGCUACCAUUCUUUCCCUGUUUUCCUGCAUGAUUUUAGCUCUCUUGAAGCGUUUGCAGUGGUUACCCUGGUAAUAAGAAUAGCUUUACACCUUAUUUUUUCUUGUUAACAUUUUUUUUGUUUUCUUGUUUGUGCUUUAUCAGACCAGAAUGAGUGCAGUGGUAACACGUUCUGUCAUCCAAAGGCUAGUAAUUGUACAAAUCUCUGGGGUUCGUUUAAGUGCACCUGUAACCUUGGCUACAUAGGAAAUGGAGUAAACUGUAUAUCAAGCGCACGAGGUACAUAAGAGACAUUUUAAUAACAUAAGAGACUAAUUACAUUUUGACAUGAAAACUAAUAGGAGUGAAACGUUUCUGAAAAAUGUUUCCCAAACUCAUUAAUAAUUCAUAAAGAGAAAACAAAGAAAAUCACAACCGUGACGGUGGUUUGGAUAUCGGAUACUGAUUACCAUAAAAUUUUGAGAACUUUUAAUUAUCUUUGAAUUUCUCCUAGAAUUAUUGUUCAUUUGAGAAGCUAUAUCCAAAACUCCACUCAGUGUUUCAUCCGAUAUCCAGACACCUCGAAGUUGGUCUUAAAAAACUCGGCUGCGCCUCGUUUUUCAACCCACUUCUCAGUGUCUGGAUGUCGGAUGAAACACUGUUUGUCGUUUUGGAUACAGCUAUUUCGAGAAAGGUUGUCGGUAAAAAAGUGCACGCGACAAUCCCGAAAGGUAAUAUGGGAUAUGAUUAAUACACUGUUUCUGACACUGUAGCUGUCGAACCUACUUUUGCUGCUUCGCUUUAGCACUCGGAAACAUAGUCCAUGGCCUCUCGUGCCAUUUUUUCAAAAUUUCUAUGAAGAACAGUGAUCUCAAAACCACCCGCAAUGCCUUUCGGGAUUGUCGCGUGCACUUUUUCAGACAACCUUUUUGGAAAUAGCUGUAUAUUACUUCCAACCUGUCCAAAAAAUUUGUCUUCGAUAAGGCAGGGUUUUCAGGCACGUAUUCUCCUGUUUUCAAGUCUUGCUAGAUCGCCUAGGUACAUCAAUUUGACAGAUUUUGAGU